CUGAUCCACACUCCAGGAAGAGGAGCAGCGCCGUACGUCUGAACUUUGUGCUCUUACUUGUAAAUAAUAAUCUACAGCUCCGGACGCUUCUCUGUGAGUCUCCCUCAGAUUUCUCUGUGUCGUCUUUAACAAGUUAGAAAGAAACAAAGUCAGAAGGACUGUGAUGUUGUUGAGAUCAGAGCUCUGAGUAGUUUCACUUUAGAGAAAGCAGAACUCAUCGAGGGCUGAAAUGGCGGGGCUGGACCGGGACUCUUUCUCUUGCUCCGUCUGUUUGGAUCUACUGAAGGAGCCGGUGACUAUUCCCUGUGGACACAGCUACUGCAUGAGCUGUAUUAAAAGCCACUGGGAUACAGAGGGGGAGAAGAAGAGCUACAGCUGCCCUCAGUGUAGGCAGACCUUCACACCCAGGCCUGUGCUGGUGAAAAACACCAUGUUGGCAGUUUUAAUGGAGGAGAUGAAGAAGAGCGGACUCCUGGCUGCUCCUGAUGAUCACUGCUACGCUGGAGCUGAAGAUGUGGCCUGUGACGUCUGCACCGGGAGGAAACUGAAAGCCCAAAAGUCCUGUCUGGUGUGUUUGGUCUCAUUUUGUGAGAAUCACCUUCAGCUUCAUAAAUCUCCGGCCUUUGAAAAGCACAAGCUGGUGGAGCCGACCAGGAAGCUCCAGGAGAACGUCUGCUCUCGUCACGAUGAGGUGAUGAAGAUGUUCUGUCGCACUGAUCAGCGCUCCAUCUGUUAUGUCUGCUCUGUGGACGAACACAAAGGUCACGACACCGUCACGGCGGCGGCAGAGAGGGCCGAGAGGCAGAGAGAGCUCCAGGGGAGUCGACUCAACAUCCAGCAGAGAAUCCAGGACAGACAGAAAGACGUGAAGCUGCUCCAACAGGAAGCGGAGGCUAUCAAUCGCUCCGCUGAUAAAGCAGUGGAGGACGGCGAGAAGAUCUUCGCCCAGCUGAUCCGUCUCAUGGAGCAAAGACGAUCUGAUCUGAAGCGGCAGGUCCGAUCCCGGCAGGACGCCGAGGUGAGUCGAGUCAAAGAGCUUCAGGAGAAGCUGGAGAAGGAGAUCGCUGAGCUGGAGAGGAAAGACGCUGAGCUGGAGACGCUGUCACACACGGAGGACAACAACCAGUUUCUACACAGCUACCCCUCACUGUCACAAAUCAGUCAAUCUGCAGACUCAUUCAGCUCUGACCUUCAUCCUCUGAGAUACUUUGAGGACGUGACAGCGGCUGUAACAGAAGUCAGAGAUCAGCUACAAGAAGUUCUGAGAGAGAAGUGGACCAACGUCACACAGACGGGGACUGAUGUGGAGGUUUUACUGUCAGAGCCCAAGACCAGAGCUCAGUUCUUAAGAUUCUCAUGUGACAUCACUCUGGAUCCAAACACAGCACACAAUUACAUCUCACUGUCUGAUGGGAACAGAAAAGCAACAUUUACACCAUCUAACCAGGGUUAUUCCAAUCAUCCAGACAGAUUCACUGGUUUGUUACAGGUUCUGAGCAGAGAGAGUCUGCCUCAGCGUUGUUACUGGGAGGUGGAGUGGGCUGGUUCUGUGGUUGGUGUGGCAGUUUCAUACAAGAGUAUCAGCAGAUCAGGGCGCUCUGAUGAGUGUAGAUUUGGACAAAAUGAAAAAUCCUGGAUGUUACAGUACAACAACAACAGUUAUACAUUUAUACACAACAAAGUCCAGACUCCAGUCUCAGGUCCUGGGUCUAACAGACUGGGUGUGUAUGUGGAUCACAGAGCAGGUAUUCUGUCCUUCUACAGGGUCUCUGAGACCAUGACUCUCCUCCACAGAGUCCAGACCACGUUCACUCAGCCUCUACAUGCUGGACUUUGGUUUGGGUGUUCUGGAAACACUGCUGAGUUCUGUAAACUCAAGUAGAAAAUCAAAGAGCAAAGAUGAAGAAAAUGAUGAUUUUAAACAGGGCUUUCAUAUUUUAUCCCUUUCAUUUCCAUAACAAUAAUGCUUUGCUUCCACUUGUCCUCUCUUUUUGACUCUUUUAUGAUACGUGGAUGAUCAGCAUCAGCUUUGGGUGGAGCUGUGCUUCAGUGCAGGGUGCUGUACAGGAAUGAAAAGGACUUUGAUUGUUUGCAUAAUCCCAUCAAAUCAAAAAGGCUAGUUAGCAAAACUUAGGAGUGUCCCAGCCUGGGUGAUAGAUUUCUACUUUAAAAGCUACAAUAUGUAGAAUCUUUGCACUGAAUGAUCUCUAUCAGAGCUGUCAGAUUAUUAUUAUUUGUAUGAAAUCCUGUUGUUGCAUUUGAAAUGUCUCUGUUUUGGCUUUGAAACUGUGUCUGUGUUGUGUUGGAUGUUGCUACUGUCUUUGGAUGCAGACCUACUUUGAUGAGAUCAUGAAUGAAACCUAAGCACAGAAAAAUGAACUUGUUAUGGAUUGAAAAGCAAAUCAGAGAGAAUGAAAAUGAAAAUGUCUGAUGUUUGUUGCUCCUGUCUGUGUUCAGCCAUGACAGCAUUAAAGACACA